AAAGAAGUUUAAUGCCACACCGUUGUGGAUUUUCCAUACUAAAUGAUUCACCCCCAUGGGAUCAGAACGACGGGACAUGGGAGGGGCAAACGAAAAACGGAUGUGGAUAACAUGAGAACGGGUGCGUUUAACAUCUGGAUGCUAAUUAGAAUGCGGGCAUGGUAUGCGUUAAACCCUCACACCGGUCCUCUGCACCGCUCUUCUGAUAUGUGGAAUAAGUAAGAAUGUGGUGUUGUUUGGGGUGAUGUGGUGCUACCGUACGUAGUACCCUGCAAGGCGCAUGCAGUACAGAUCCGUGAGAAGAAAAAGAGGAAAGAGGAAAGCGGGGAAGCUAGCUCGAUUGACAGGCGGUUAGGGUUAGACGCGCCGACUCCGAGGACUUGUUUGCAUUCUGUGUUGUCAGAGCUCGCCUGCACUUUUUGGGCGCAUUUCGUUGCUCAGGACAGCGCCUCAAAGCAUGUAUUGCCAGUACAUCCACGCCUUGCUUUGUCCUUACCUACCUACCGACGUCUGCAACACUCUCAGCAGAUCCCUCUACGCACAAGGGACUUCCGGCUCUUUCGUCUUGGGUCAACUGCUGACUUUAGUUAUCUUCAUUGCCGUCCCGGUUGCGCUUACCCUCUUGCUGAGAACUUUGCGGGCUUGGGUGUACGAACAAAAGCAGGCCCGUGUAUCGAGGAGUAAAGAGCGAGUGCAGCUGACAUCAGAGGAGACACCUGACCCUCCAACCCAACAAAUUGCUGACGAGACUACCCAGCUAAUUGCACAAGUAGAACUCGAAGCGCAAAGACCCAUGGAGAGGAUAGCGCCGAUAUUGAUGCGGGAGACCGCCUCCCAGCAGCACAAAACGCUGUCAAACAAAGGCUACCAACACAUCACGGCAGGUCUAGAUCUCGACGAGGCUGGGGACAAGGGAGGAGCGUUGAGCCAGUACCGCACGGGCGUAAAACAUUUCAGGGAGGCUUUGAAUCUACACCUCCCGUCGCCAAAUGAGAGGGAAAAGGCAGAACCGUUGAAUAUUAAGAUGCGCAAGAAUCUGGCAACGAUUGAGCACCGGAUACUGGAGCUAGAAUCUUCUUCAGAUGUGCUAGAUACGUCCUUCAAAUCGAAGCUCAGCCCACCUGUUCCGCGGGCUAACGUGUCGAAGCCCGGUGCUUCCAACGGAAAGGCGAUAACUCGCCCAGGAUCAGCAGGGUUGGGUAAGAAGGCAGCCAACCCUGCGGCAGCGGUAAGACGCAUUUUGAGACGAUGCGUAUCAGCACCACAACCCUGAUGGGCUCAUUUGCAGGCAAACAAAGCGGCGGGAGGGCCAAAGGCUUCGAAUCUAAAGAACGUUGACAAAGCUAUGGCGGACCGGAUACUGAACGAGGUGGUUGUGGAUAAGCCAUCUGUGACUUGGGCAGAUGUCGGUAAGUCUUCCCUUUCACGCUUGGCGAGCUGCGCUGCAAUUUGAAGUGACGAAUACGGUAGUUGGACUGGACGGAGCAAAGCGGG